AUGCAAUUAGAAAAUGAAUCUAUUAUAAUAAAUAUUGAAUCAUGGUUUAUUCCAAUUGAUAUUCUUUUAAUAUUAUCUACUGGUUUAAGUAUACUAUUUGGUAUAAUUUUUCUUUUAAUUAUUAUAUACGAUAAAACAUGUCAUACGGUUUCAAUAAUGCUUAUUGGUAAUUCAUGUUUAACUGAAAUUAUUUAUGGAAUAAAUAUGUUUAGUAUGGGUUUAUUUACAUUUGAAAAUGAUCUUAAACAAAUUCAAUAUCAAGAUUCUUUAUGUUUAUUUCGUGGUUAUUUUGGUUAUGUUGUUACUUCUUUACAAAAUUAUUCUUAUUUAUUACAAGCUAUGUAUCGAUAUCUAAUUAUUAUUUAUCCGACUCGUCGAUAUUAUCAAACAAUUAAAUUUCAAUUAAUUCUUAUUUGUUUAACAUGGAUAUUUAGUUUAUUAUGUCCAAUACCAUAUAUAUUACUUAAUGAAAUAAAAUAUAAUGUUUAUAAUCAAAUAUGUCAAAUGCCAUUACAUUUAUCUUUUAUAACAAUUUAUAAUGCAUUUUGUAUUUAUUUAAUACCUUUAUCAUUACUUAUUUUAAUUUAUUUAAAAUUAAUAAAAUAUGUACGAAAAAUGAAUAAAAAUAUCAUAUUAGUUAAUAAUUUAAUUCGUGCACAAUCAGAAUUAAAAAUGGUUCGACGUAUUAUUAUUCUUGUUACUGGUGUUAUAAUCAUUGGUUUUCCUUAUACAAUGUUUUUUUUUCUCUCAUUUUUUGUAAAUUUACCUAAAUAUCAUUUUCGUAUUGCUUAUAUAUUUGUUGAUAUAUCAUUAUUAUUUGUAAUUAUUAUUUUAUUUCAAUUUACAGAUCAAAUUAAAAUAUUUAUUAUGAAAAAAAUUAUUAGACGAACAAAUAUUGUUCUACCAAUUAUUACAUAA